AUGACAUCCAGCUGCUCACCGACCUCCAUCAAGAGCUGCCCCCGGCCCUCCUCUGUCUGCUCCAGCAGCAUGAGCUGCCGGCCUGAGCUGUGCCUGGGGUACGUCUGCCAGCCCGUGACGUGCGUGCCUUCCAUCUGCAUGCCCACCACCUGUCGGCCGGCCAGCUGCCUCCCCAAGACCUACCUACCCAGCUCCUGCCGGCCCAGCAGCUGCCGGCCUGCCAGUGGCAUCUCCAGUUCCACGGGUACCAGCGGCUGGUACUGUGAAGGAACCUUCAAUGGCAGUGAGAAGGAGACCAUGCAGUUCCUGAACGACCGGCUGGCCAACUACCUGGAGAAGGUGCGCCAGCUGGAGCGGGAGAAUGCCAACCUGGAGAGCAAGAUCCAAGAGGCCUGCCAGUCUCAAGAGCCCACCAUGUGUCCUGACUACCAGUGUUAUUUCAGGACCAUCGAGGAACUCCAGCAGAAGGUUCUGUGCACCAAGGCAGAGAACGCCAGGAUGGUUGUGCACAUUGAUAACGCCAAGCUGGCUGCCGAUGACUUCCGGACCAAGUACGAGACGGAGCUGGCUCUGCGGCAGCUGGUGGAGGCCGACACCAACAGCGUGCGCAGGAUCCUGGAUGAGCUGACCCUGUGCAAGGCUGACCUGGAGGCCCAGGUGGAGUCCCUGAAGGAGGAGCUGCUCUGCCUCAAGAAGAACCACGAGGAGGAAGUCAGUGCCCUCCGGUGCCAGCUUGGGGACCGCCUUAACAUUGAGGUGGACGCCAUGCCCCCCGUGGACCUGCACAGGAUGCUGGAAGAGAUGAGGUGUCAGUACGAGAUGGUGGUGGAGACCAACCACAGGGACUUGGAGGAAUGGUUCAACAUGCAGAUGGAGGAGCUCAACCAGCAGGUGGCCACGAGCUCUGAGCAGCUUCAGACCUACCAGUCGGAUAUCAUUGAUCUGAGACGAACGGUCAACACGCUGGAGAUUGAGCUGCAGGCCCAGCACAGCCUGAGAAACUCUCUGGAGAACACCCUGACGGAGACGGAGGCCCGCUACAGCUCCCAGCUGGCCCAGAUGCAGUGCCUGAUCAGCAACGUGGAGGCCCAGCUGGUUGAGAUCCGCCGGGACCUGGAGCGGCAUAACCAGGAGUACCAGGUGCUGCUGGACGUCCGGGCGCGGCUGGAGUGUGAGAUCAACACGUACCGGGGCCUGCUGGAGAGCGAGGACUGCAAGUUGCCCUGUAACCCGUGUUCCACUCCCUCGUGUCCCCCCUGUGCGCCCUCCCCCAAUGUGUCCCACACCGUCUGUGUGCCCCACACUGUCUGCGUGCCGUGCAUGCCCUGCCCCCCAAGCCGCUACUGAAGUCCCUCAGCUCUGUUGGAUCCUGAGGGACCAGAGCUGGGCAGCUGGUUCCUCCUCAAGCCGAGGGUGACCACAGUCCAGUGGCCACCAAGACAGUGGGAGCAGCGGUGGCUAGCAAGGAAGACUGUGAGCAGUGCCAGGAGGUGAG